UGUGAGGAGUGCACGGAAUCGGGUUUCCGCGGAUAUGUCAUUUGUGUGGAACCUGUCGAACUGUGCCGGCAUGUCGUCGAUAGGGUGUCGGAAUGCGCUCGCUUCAUCGGUACUAAAUGUAAGAGGUCGUAGGGAGUUCGUGUUUUUGUGCGCAAGCUUUCGUUUGGCGUAUAUUUCUUAGCAUGAUGGGAGAGGCUGCACUUCCACCAGUGCAAAGGCGUCGUUUUGCCUCGGAACGUCGAGAGUGGAAACAAAUGGUAGAGAUCCAGCAGCACCUUCUACUCACGUCAUCUCGGUCUUCGAAACACACUGCUUCGGGAUCCAGUUCUGAGAAGGCAUCUCACGCUAUCCAAAAACAACCUGCGGGACCGAAGCCGAAAGUACCACCGGGAACACCCGUAAAGCCUCCGCCACCUGAAGAUCAAGCAUGCAGCAGUGCACCCGCGUUACUGGGAGAACAGAAAAUUCUUCUUCAUACUGCUGAAGUCAUGGAAACGCUCAGCAUUUUGCUUCAGUCUGAUUCUUCGGUGUGCAGCUCUUCAUCUGGUACAGACGCUCGUCAAGAUCUAUGCUCCGCGCUCAAGAAGGAGCAUGUAAAAGGCCUUCACGACCAAAUGAAGUCCUUCAUGAAAGAGCGUUGUUUGUUAGUAAUUAAGAAAGAGUGCUGCCAUCAGGUUGCCUUAGUAAGAAAGUUGCGUGACCGCGUGAAAAACCUAGCGCUGGCUGAAGAUACUUUAAUUGGACAGUUGCUAUUAUCUGGGCACCCCGUCCUACCCAAAGAUGUCCUGCAUCUCUCAUUUCUGCGCAAGUCUACUUUUCUUGACAACUUGCAAGCAGUAACUUUUGCUUGGCCUUACCUUCUCAAGUUCCUUGGCCAUACGUUUAACAGCUUCGAUGCGCAAUGGCACACUUCUUUGGACGUUGUGUUGCGUUGGACGCAAGUUCGUCUCGAAUCGCUGGCUGAGCAAGCGCUGCGCUGGGCAUGGCUAAGUUUGCGGAAUGAUAUCCUCUUGCUCUGCCGGAUGGACGCAGCUGACUUGCACGCCGACUGGAUUGGUGGAGUGUUUGCUUCGUGCCACUUCUUCAACCAACUGCUUAGCGCCUGCGGCUCAUCAGCCGGUGUGGCACCACUGCCCGUAUCAACAGUGCUGUUCACCCUUGCAGUGCAUCAGGCUGAAGUUUCUGCAGCUAGACUUGCUGCAUUUGUUUGUGUAGAAGGUAGAAAAAGUCGCGAAGGAACUGUGCGAAGCUUUACCUGGGGAGAUAUUGCCACUGCCGAAUUCUGGAGCAUGGCAGCGACUCGCGACGCUGCUGGCACAGCUGCUCUGCUUACUGCCCUCAUCCAAUCUGACCAAACCUUGCUUCUGAAAUACCUUUAUGCUGCUACAUGCAUCGACCACUCUGUGCCACCCCAAGCUGUCAAACAAAAACAAGGUAGGGCACACUGGCGGAAACAACCACCUAGGGCAACCCGUCCUAGUUGUUUUGAACUGGAGAGGCUGUACUGGGACCACUACUGGAACUGCUUUGUAGGCGAGCUACUCGCGAGGCUGACCACCGUAAACACUAGCACAGAGGUUUCUGGACCCUCAGGCGAACCACCAGUAUUUGGCAUGUCACUGCUCCUGAUGCUGGCCUGCCAAAGUCAAGAUUUGCCAAACACUGCAGUAACCUCGAUGAAGUGUGUCUGCCAAAUUCUUCUCGCACAGCUCUCACUGGUGGCCUGGAGACAAGCCCUGAAUGCUGCCUUGUUUGACUCUCACCAUGGAGCUACCAAAAAUGUCAUCAAGAACCUCCUGCUUCAUGCCGUGCAGCCUUUGAGUGCUUACUUGGCAAACCAACCUGUUGGAGAUCACAAGGGCAGUUCUUUAGCAAAAGUCUAUCUGGCACUGACUCUCUGGCACACAUUUCAUUGGGCUGAAGCUAGUCUACGCAGCAAUCUGCAUUCAUGGGCACCACCCUUGCUACCUCAACUCAUCUUCUGUGAUCUGCAGCCAAUUAUUGCUUCUGCAAAGUGUGCACAGCCUUCUUGGGACAAGCUCGAUGAUCUCACAAAUCUUUCUUUCUAUGCGAACUCAUUGUGUGGCUCUGCUGUGGAAGCACUGGAGCACCUACAGGAUUCAGUUGCCACACGUUACCAGGAUAACUGCUACAAAGCCACCCUGAAAAAUCUACAGGUAGCAGUGCCAACAGCUAGACGUUUUCAUAAGCAAGGGGGAAACAGAAAUGACCUUAUAUUACCCAUCCUGGAUGAAGUUUUAGAUACAGUAAUACCAGUUCUCGUGGAACUGCCUGCAUCUGUGCAGGCACUGUAUACAAGAAUCACACUAGAAGCAGUUUUCAAAGCCUGGAAAAAAAUGCUUGUAAUAAGGCAUUUGAAAUUUAAUGAAGAGGAAUCAGCUCAACUUACUGAUGUUGCAGCUAUGUGUCUUACUCGCGUGGAACACUCAGACUUACACGAGACUGCCAAGAGUGGCUUGUGGAAUUUGAGCGCUUAUCAUGACCUGCUGGAGUUUGUACGUGCUGCACAGCGAACUGUGCCGGCUUCUUCUGCAGGCAGGAGACUUUUCUCACCAAACAGGGUGUCUCCUUUGGUUGGUGCCAGCGGUGCCCAAGAACUCGGAUGCACACCAGUGCACACACAGCGAAGGCUACGGCACAAGCUAUGUUGCAAGUCAUAGUGUCAUGGGUAAAUUCUGACACUAGUCAUGUUCUUUUGAACACGUCUAUGAAGAAGGGGUGUAACAUAUGCUGCCAAAACUUGUGAGUACACAUAUCACACAUUAAAGGUUCAGUAUAUAAGGAAAAGUUCACUGGUAGAAAGUGACAAAAUAAGUAAUUUUGUACAAAGUGAAAACAUGUAAUGCACACACACAAGGAUCAUGCAUAUUCAUGCAGCAUGCCACAGUUGAAAACUAAGAUGUGCCUUCUUUUUUACUUGUCAAUGCACACCUGUGAGUGCAAAAAUGAAAGGAGAAAUAGUUCUUUUGACUACUGUGGAGUACUGUCAUUGUGAUUACUAAAAAACUUAUUGCGAACAUUUUGUUGGAGAAGUUGAAGACUUAUAAAAAAUUUAGAGACGUCACCUUGAUGUCACUGUCUGUUAUGACACCCAAGAACCCAUAUUGUAUGUUUUGAUAACAGACAUCAUCACAACUAGCCAUACUGGUACACGAGGUUACCAGAAUUGAGACUGUAGCCAUGUCUUGGUCAUGUCAAUGUCAAUAGAGGCACAACAUGAAAAUCGACUUCAAUGUCGAAAUAAAGUAUUUGGUCAGCAAUUCAUGAGCAUCACACCUGCUUAAGCCAUCCCUGUAUACAGGAGACAUAUGUUAGGGUAAAGUCAGCUUUGAAUAUUGGUGUGAGUGGCCCUUUACAAUUGUUCCAGUUAUAAUUUCAUCGGGCAGAAAGCAAAAAAAUACAAUUUUGAGAAUGUUAGUUCCUCAACAUUGUAUAAAUGUGUAAAUAAAUUGGAUUUGAAAUAAACUGUAGUGCAAAAAAAUUUACACAUUUCCACAGGGUGAAUUACGAGUAGGGCGAAGCGUCCGUCUGUGUAUACACUGUACUGGCUAUGUCGGAGAAAGGGACUGCCCUAGAUCAUAAGGAGCUUCGUCCCCCAAAAAAUUUCGUAUUGUUUUUGGAUUGUUUGUGGCUUUGGUCACUAGGGGCAUGCCACCAUACAUACUGUAAUAGCAGCAGCUGUGCUUGCAGCUGCUGCUAUUGUGUGGCCAUGGGAUGGCCCAUGAUGAUUUUAAUGUGAACAUGAUUUGCUUCAUUUGUACUCAAAUUUGUUUGGCAUAUUGGACAAAGCUAUAGUACACUAACCAAUAACAAAUAAUACUUUUUACCUUUUCUUUUCUUCGGUAGCAUGCAGCAGUGUGCCACUGAAGUGACGGUGUGCUAAAGUGCAUUUGCUUAAAGUGACAAUUUACCCUUGUGAUAGGAGUAUUAUGUAUUACUAUAAGCUCUUUACUCAAAGCAGCUGACAGCCUGGAAAAUCCUGUCAAAGAAAUAACUUUCUUGGCAAUUAUUGCUUACCUGUAAUUGUUAAUUGUGAAUCUCCAUUUGGCAUGUUUAUUGUUUAUCAAAUUUUCCUUUUUUUUAUUCUAGAGAAAGGUGGUUCAAUUUAGUUAAUCCUGAAUCUGAAUUCUUUUCUUGAAUGCUAAAAUUUGAAUUUAUCACUGAAAUGUAACAUUUUAUUCAGAUCAGAUCAUUUUAUUUAUAUGCCUCAUAUUUGAAAUAAGAGUGCACAACUAGAUAGGGACAAGCUACGCACUUGUCCGUGUCUUUUUGUGUCUCUGUGUAUACUAUACUGUUUCACACACCAAAUGCAAUGCUGUAGAGGCCAGUGAAAGACUUCUCAGUGUUUAUACCAUUCAAAAUAGCUUUUUCUUUUUUCAGGCAGAGUAUUAAAUAAGCAUGUUCUAUGCCUUACAAAUAAACAAACCCUGUUACAAAGUUGUCAAUAUACAGCUGCGUCGCUUAGUCUCGAUUUCGUACUUUGCUACUUCGUUUUGCAGGCCGUCACGCAGAGGCUUGUGCGAGCAUUUACAAUGACAAAUGCCGACCACAAGACGCACAGAGCAAUGAAUUUUGCUAACCGAACUUCUUGCAUAGCUUCCACAGCACUGCACAUGAUGAGUGAAAUGAAGCAUACUUACACACAUGCAUUUUAUUUAUCACAAAUCACCAAUUCAUCUAAUCAGACAUUCUGAUGUCUAGUAAAAAGCGUUUCUGCAUUGUGCACACAUAAGGGCAAAUGACUACAAAAUUUGUCCUUCACUAAAUAUUUGAGUAAUAAACCUUCGUUAUGUCAUA